CCUGGAACUGCUGGUCAUAAUAGUCUCUUACCUCGCGGGAAGAGAGGGAUCAGGGAAGGAGCCGCCGGCGCCGGGAGAUGUGAGAUAGAGAUAGAAGAACCAACCAACCAAGGGACCAUUGCCUGAUUUAGCUGUUAGUUUCCGCCGCUUGCUUGUUGAGUUGCUGCGUCUAUCACCGUCGCGUUGUGAAUAGUAACUGUGGAAGAGCAGAUAGGGAAAGCUGAACUGGUCGGCAGGAGAGCUCCCCUGCUACCCUUUUCAUCGGCUUCUUACCAUCUCCGUCUACUGUAACGUUGUGAAGUCUCAUCCUUUUCCGGUCGAUCAAACAGCAUUUUGGCUGGUGAACCAGGUUCCAGUCUCGUUAGAACGCUUUAGGGUGCCUGGUUGUGGAAAGGGAUGGAGCAGCCUCGUUGCAAGUUCUGGCUGCCCAAAAAGAAACGAUUUUGUGCAGUUCUCCCUUUCAAGGAUUCUCCGUUUUGCGGAAAUCACAUGGUGAGGUCUGAUGGCCAAUGGAUUCCCUGCCCAAUCGACCAAUCUCAUUCCGUUCUUACAGAAAAUCUUGAAAGUCACGUAAAGAGAUGCCCUUUCAUGAAGCAAGCACGGACCUUGUCCCUCCAGCCAUAUUAUUGCAAGGGAAUCAAUGCUGGAAAAGGAGAAGUAGAGGAUGAUGUUUCUUCUGAAAUGAAGAGGCAUGCUGUUUAUAGAAUGAGUAUAGCUGAAUUUUACAAAUUGACUGAAAAGGUUCAACAUGUUCAUGCGUCAAUAUGUGAUGAUAUACGGGAAUCCUAUAAGAUGCCAGAAGCUUGUAACAUGUGGAUUAACAGAGAGAUAGACAGCAAAAUACCAUUUCAAGAGAAACAUGUCAUACAGCAAGCAUCGAUUCUAGGAAACCUGGAGGAUUCUGGGCUACUAAAGAGUUUUCGUGAGAAAGAACAAGGUCAAUGGGAUGGGAGACAGCAGGAUGAUAGCCAACGUGCCCCUGCAGUUGUUGAAUUUGGAGCAGGAAGAGGCUAUUUAACUCAGAUGCUAGCAGACUGUUAUGGCAUCAAAAAAGUUUUUCUUGUUGAGAGGAAGUCAUAUAAACUUAAGGCUGAUCGAUCUUUGCGACAAAAAGAGAGCUUGUCAUUAGAGCGAUUAAGAAUUGAUAUUGAGGACUUGGACCUGAAAGCUGUCGAGUCUUUACAUGGAGUCCACUAUCUAGCUAUUGGGAAGCAUCUCUGCGGGCCAGCAACUGAUUUGACACUGAGAUGUUGCGUGCCCGAGCGAGUCAGCAAGAGUACCUCAGAAUGUGGGGGUGAAAAAACGUACCUUGAGGGUUUUGCUAUAGCAACUUGUUGCCAUCAUCUCUGCCAGUGGAAGCAUUACAUAAAUAAAGAAUUCAUGCUCGGUCUGGGAAUUUCUAAAGAAGAGUUUAACGCAAUCACCUGGUUCACCAGUUGGGCAGUCGAUGGUGAUCAUGGAGCAGAAGUUUCAGACAGCGGAUUGCAUCUGCAGCUCAGGGAGAAAGAUGAGCAAUCUGGUACAGGCGCAGCAGCGGGUGUGGAAGGUGUUGUGAGAAGCAUGCAAGCAGUUGAAAGAGCUGCGCUGGGUUUCAUGUGCAAGCAGAUCAUUGACAAAGGAAGGAUGGCAUGGGGAAGCCGAAAUGGCCUGGAGGCUCGUCUGGUUAAGUACGUAGCACCCACCAUCUCUCCUGAAAACCAUUUACUGAUGGCCAAGCGCAUCAUUUGAAUGUACCCAAAAAGAGAAGUGAGGCCGCCAUUAAAAUGGGGGAAGCAGGAGGUGCAAUCUUUUUCAGUAGAACUUGGCUUUGACUACUCCCCUCCUCUCUGCCGUUGGUGGGUGGCGGCUGCCUUGUGCUCCAAGCUGCGGUAGGUGAGGCGAUGAAAUUUCAUUACUCGGAACUGACAGCAGUGGGAAGAAGCUCCCUCACGCCUUGUAGACGUUGUAGUCUAGUCCUUUUUGGGUGUCUUUGGCUACGGCAUCUUUAUCCUCUCGACUGAGAUAGAUAGACAGAGACAUCGUUUUGGCAUUGCUUUCCCUCUUGUUUCAAUUGUUCUUUUCAUACCAGUUGGCUAGUCAAAUCGCAUGGCCUGAACUUUGACAUUAAAAUGCCAUAAUAGAGGCGUAUAUUAUACCUAUAACCCUUCUUUAGUUCUUUUAAUUCAUUCGUGAUUUGUGACACGGUAACCAAGCAAGCACAUCAAAAUUGUGUUACUGUGUGAAAUUCCCGCUAAACUACAAGCUUUGCCGCGCUUCCAAUAACGGAUCUUUUCGUCUUCACACUCGCACAGUGAAGUUUCGUCGACAAAUUCUCUUCAGCGUCACCCCACACGACACCACUGUUCUUCACAACUCUUCUCAGCUGGAUCUUAUCUGUAUAUAUACAUCCAACUAUCCAUAUCCAUUAUCAGUACAAUAACCUCAAAAUCAACCAUCACCAUCACCACCAGCCAGCAAAGUAAUCCGAGCUUCAAACCCACAAAUGGAAACAGGUCCCCAAGGCACCAUCCUCUUCUUUACCGUCGGCCGCACCGACUACGGCUUCGACGUCUUCUCCCGCCAGCUCCUUCCCUCCAUUUCUGCCACCGACCGCCGCCUCACCGACGGCAUUUCCGUCAAUUUCAACGCCCAAUUCAACGAUGACGAACUCAAUCCUUCCAUCGUCUUCGUCUCCGAGCGAAACGGCUCCCCUCGAAUUUAUCACAUUGCAGCCGGCGCCGGAAUCCCCAAACCACUACCACAUUCCGGCGAUACUACCCUUUUCGUCGACAGGCCCAUCGUCAGGAACCGCCGCCUCUACUUCGUCUCUGCUCACGAAAAACCCAAUUUGCCCUUCCAAAGUUGGUCCGCUCUCUACUCCGUCGAGGAUUACGAAUCCCCAACCGCCUUCCCACGGCGAUUGACACCUCC